UUUCUCUCAAGUUUUUGAGUCAUCGUUUCCUCGCGUUUUCGUCGAGGAGAAAAACCAUUUAGAAACCCUAGCGAGAACCAAGAGCAUUCGGCUGGAGAAAUUGGAAUCAUGAAGGGCAAGAAGCCAUUGAAGAAGCUCCAGCUCAACGUUCCCUCUCAAGAAACUCCGGUCACCGAUUUCUUGACGGCUAGUGGGACUUUCCAGGAUGGAGAUCUGAGACUGAACCAGAAAGGAUUGCGGCUUAUCACUAAAGAGAGCGGAAGUGAUGUUGCUGCACCACCACCAGAUGUUAAAGAGGAAUCCUCUCAGAUUGCAUUGGAAGAUUUAGAGACCAUAAAGGUCAUAGGGAAAGGAAGUGGGGGUGUUGUUCAACUUGUUAGACACAAAUGGAAUGGAACAUUUUUUGCAUUGAAGGGUAUCCAAAUGAAUGUCCAAGAGACAAUUCGCAAACAAAUUGUUCAAGAGCUCAAAAUAAAUCAAGCAUCAUUGUGCCCCAAUGUGGUGGUGUGUUAUCAUUCUUUCUACCACAAUGGUAUUAUUUCUCUUGUCUUAGAAUAUAUGGAUCGUGGAUCACUGGCAGACAUAAUAAAGCAAGUUAAAACAAUUCUUGAGCCUUAUCUUGCAGUGCUUUGCAAACAGGUAUUGAAAGGUUUGGUAUAUCUGCACCAUGAAAGGCACGUCAUUCAUAGGGACAUAAAACCAUCAAACCUAUUAGUGAACCACAAAGGUGAAGUGAAAAUCACUGAUUUUGGUGUGAGUGCUGUGCUAGCAAGCUCCAUGGGUCAGCGAGAUACAUUUGUUGGCACCUACAAUUAUAUGUCGCCUGAACGGAUCAGUGGAGGCUCAUAUGAUUAUAAGAGUGAUAUAUGGAGUUUGGGUUUGGUAAUUCUUGAAUGUGCUAUUGGUCGAUUUCCUUACAUACCAUUGGAACAAGAAGAAGGUUGGUUGAGCUUUUAUGAACUUUUGGAUGCCAUUGUGGGACAGCCCCCGCCUUCUGCCCCAUCAGAUCAAUUCUCUCCAGAAUUCUGUUCAUUCAUUUCAGCUUGCAUACAGAAGGAUCCUCAGGAGAGAUUAUCAUCUCUUGAACUUCUGGAGCAUCCGUUCAUCAAAAAGUUCGAGGACAAGGAUAUAAACCUUGCGAUUCUGGUCGACAGCCUCGAUCCUCCUGUAAAUAUCCCCAUUUGAGGUUGUAGUCAAUGUGCUGAUUUCUGUUGUACUGAAAGAAAUGUAGCAUAACAAUCUUGGCUCAAGAAAGUGAGAUUUGUGCCCAAGUUUUCUGCUUCAUAGGUUACUUCUGGUUGUAGACUUGGGCGUAUAAAAUCACACCAGCUUUCCACCUUGACAAUGUCUUAAAUGGUGUUGUAUUUUCAAUUUCAGCUUUGAUCUUAAAAUA